AAGCCCUUCUGGGGGUACCAGCUUCUUCCUCCUAAUGCCGAGGCCGGAGGACUCGAGGACUCGGGAGGUUGGGAGGGGCGGGCCCCGUGACGCGGGCGGGGAGAGGAAGGACCAGCUCCCGCCCCGCAGCGCCGCUUCCAGGAAGAGCUGGGGGGAGAGCGCGGAGAAGCCAGGCUCUGUUCCCCCUCCAUCCCCUUCCAUCCCGGCCCCCCAAGAUGGUGCUACCUUCACUGAAGCUUCAAGAUCUAAUUGAGCAGAUUCGUGGGGCCAAGACUCAGGCCCAAGAGCGGGAAGUGAUCCAGAAGGAGUGCGCCCACAUCCGGGCCUCCUUCCGGGAUGGGGACCCUCUGCACAGACACCGCCAGCUAGCCAAGCUGCUCUACGUCCACAUGUUAGGCUACCCGGCCCACUUUGGACAGAUGGAGUGCCUGAAACUGAUUGCCUCCACCAGAUUCACAGACAAGAGGGUGGGCUACCUGGGGGCCAUGCUUCUGCUGGAUGAGAGGCAGGAUGCCCACCUGCUCAUUACCAACAGUAUUAAGAACGACAUGAGCCAGGGAGUCCCGGCAGUGCAAGGCCUGGCCCUGUGCACACUGAGCACCAUGGGCUCUGCUGAGAUGUGCCGGGACCUGGCCAGUGAGGUGGAGAAGCUGCUCCUACAGCCCAGCCCCUACGUGCGCAAGAAGGCUGUGCUGACUGCAGUGCACAUGAUCCGGAAGGUCCCAGAGCUCUCCAGCAUCUUCCUCCCUCCCUGUACCCAACUGCUUCGUGAGCGCCACCAUGGCAUCCUGCUGGGCACUGUCACACUGAUCACGGAGCUCUGUGAACGAAGCCCUGCGGCCCUCAAGCACUUCCGAAAGAUGGUGCCCCAACUGGUGCAGAUCUUGAGGACCCUGGUGACAACAGGAUACUCCAAGGAACACAGCAUAUCUGGAAUCAGUGACCCCUUCCUGCAGGUUCAAAUACUUCGUCUGCUCCGGAUUCUGGGCCGGAACCAUGACGAGAGCAGUGAUGCCAUGAAUGACUUACUGGCUCAGGUGGCCACUAACACUGACACCAGCCGGAACGCAGGCAACGCAGUCCUGUUUGAGACAGUGAUGACCAUCAUGGACAUCCGCUCUGCUGCUGGCCUGCGGGUUCUAGCUGUCAACAUCCUAGGCCGAUUCCUGCUCAACAGUGACAAAAAUAUUAGGUAUGUGGCACUGACGUCGCUGCUGCGGCUGGUGCAGUCUGACCACAGUGCGGUGCAGCGGCACCGGCCCACCGUGGUGGAGUGUCUUCAGGAACCUGACGCCUCCCUCAGCCGGCGGGCCCUGGAGCUCAGCCUGGCUCUGGUGAACAGCUCCAAUGUGCGAGCCAUGAUGCAAGAACUACAGACCUUCCUGAGCUCCUGCCCCCCUGACCUGCGGGCUGACUGUGCCUCAGGCAUCCUGCUGGCCGCAGAGAGGUUUGCCCCCAACAAGCGUUGGCACAUAGACACCAUCCUACGCGUGCUGACAAUGGCAGGCAUCUAUGUGCGGGAUGAUGCGGUGGCCAACCUGAUCCAGCUGAUUGGGGGGGCCCAGGAGCUCCACGCCUACUCUGUGCGCCGUCUCUACAGUGCCCUGGCAGAGGACAUUUCCCAACAGCCAACGGUGCAAGUGGCCACCUGGUGCAUUGGAGAAUAUGGGGACCUGCUGUGGGAGGGCAGCUGUGAGGAGAGCGAGCCCCUUCAGGUGGAGGAAGAGGAGGUGCUGACACUGCUGGAGAGGGUGCUGCAGUCCCACUUGUCGCUGCCGGCCACCCGAGGCUACGCCCUCACCGCCCUCAUGAAGCUCAGCACCCGGCUCCGUGGAGACAACAACCGAAUCCGCCAGGUGGUGUCCGUCUACGGAAGCUGUCUGGACGUGGAGCUGCAGCAGCGGGCUGUGGAGUACAACGCACUCUUCCGGAAGUACGACCACAUGAGGGCUGCUAUCCUUGAAAAGAUGCCAGUUGUGGAGCCGAGUGGCCCUCAGGCUGAUGAGGAAGCAAAGGAGAGCGGAGAAGCUGUCCCCAGCCCUUCAGAACCCCAGGCCUCAAAGCUCAUGGAUCUAUUAGACCUCCUGGAUGGUUCUUCUGGGGAGGCCCAGCAGCUGCCCCCCAUGGCUCCUUCCCCAGAAGACAGCCUGGUCCACCUCCUUGACCUCCCCUGUGAUCCUCCAGCCCCAGCAUGUUCGAGCAGUGCUGCGCACCCAGCGGGUGCUCCCCCACUUCCGGUAGAUGACGGGACGCGCUGUCUUCGGCCCACGCGUGAGCUACUUCUCUCCCCUACUCCAGCUCCCAUCCCAAAUCUCAGAGUGUUUGAGCGCGAAGGACUGCAGAUCAACCUGUCUUUUGUUCGACCCCCCGAGACCCCUUCCUUGCUCUUAAUCACCGUCACUGCUACCAACACCUCAGGGGGUGAUGUCACCCACUUCAUCUGCCAGGCUGCUGUGCCCAAGAGUUUCCAACUGCAGCUACAGCCCCCAAGUGGGGACACAGUUCCAGCUCAGGGUGGCCUUCCGAUGACCCAGCUGCUCAGGAUCCUUAACCCUAACAAGGCCCCCCUGCGGCUGAAGCUGCGCCUCACCUACACUCACUUCGGUCAGUCCGUGCAGGAGAUCUUUGAGGUGAACAACUUGCCUGUGGAGACCUGGCAGUAACUCAGCGUCCACUCACAGCCUGAAAUCCAGAUCGGGGACCUGGGCUACUUGGAGCCUACUCCUGGGUGGGGGAGCUGCCAGCAGGUGGCGCUCCAGGCCUGUGCUAGCCACUGCGAAAAGCCCAGAGCCUGCCCACCCCGCCCCCCAAAGAGAAAAUCCAAUAAAGCCUGAAGGGGGAAAGCCA